CAAAGUUAACUCACAACACAGUUCUAUAUACAAGAGUUCACACCAAGUACCAAACAUAAUUACCGCACCACACAGUUCCAAGCGCUGCUUCGUUUGGUUCAGCAUGAUGGCGGUACGUCGCAAUGGUGCGGGCGAUUGCUAUCGUGUAAUUUAUGUUGCAUCGUCAAUUAAAAACUUUUCGAUACAGUCCACAUAUAUUUAUCAACAUUAACAUUGGUCCUCCGGGCCGGAUUUUACCGGUGCAUUCGUUUCGUUGGUGUCGUUUCGGUUGUUUGGUUCGCGCCGCGUGGCCAGUUGUGGUAACGGUAAAUUAACUGACUUUAUUUGGUGUGCAGUCUAAAUUGUUUGUGGAAUUUACCUACCGACAUGUUGUGUGGGAUAUCGCGGUAAUUAUUUUGUCUUGUGUGGCGACCUAACCUUGUUGCGCGUGCGACCAGAUAUGGGUGGUAUAAUAAUUUUUGUUGAGGUCAUUAGUGGCCUGGCUCGUUGAAUUGUUGUUAUCAUCGGGACGAACUUUUGACUGGUGCUUACCGUUUCGUCAUGGCUGAUGUUAAAGCUCUGCAACUGCGCCUUCGGUUAGCAGAGGGACGUGUGAAGCGUGCCUUUGACCUUGUGAAAGCAAUAGCGAGUGACGCGAGUAAAGUAAAGUUGUUUCUUGCCACCGCGCGCGAUCUACCGGGGGUGAAGCAAGCCUUCGAUACGGACUUCAUCGAGUUGGAAGCAGCGGCGGACAUGUUGGAGGACUUCAACAGCGACGACCAUCUUCAACGGAUGACUCAGCUGGAGGAGCAUUACUAUACGGUGAUGGCGACUGUAGACUCACUGAACAGCACUGACAAGACGGCUGAACAGGUAGCAAGUGAUGACAAGGGAUUGACGUCUCGUAGGGGUAAAGUAGCCUUACCUAAGAUUGCUCUGCCGUGUUUUGAUGGAAUCCCUCAGAAUUGGUCCAACUUCUCAAACUUAUUCGAGACAUUGGUGUCAAAUAACUCAGAGCUCUCGGCAGUAGAAAAGUUAGCAUAUCUGAAGAGUGCUCUUGGUGGGGAGCCUUUGGGGAUGAUUCAUUCGCUGUCGUUGUCAGAGGCGAAUUUUGAUGUAGCAUGGAAGUUGUUACUAAACCGCUAUGAUAAUAAGCGGCUUAUUGUGUCAUCUCAUGUCGAGGCAUUGUUGCAAGCACCUUCUGCGUCAGCAGAAUCGGCAAGGUCAUUACGCCAGUUAGUCACAGUCAUCUCGGAGAAUGUCUCAGCACUGGAAGCACUGGGAGCACCUGUUGACAAAUGGGACAUGGUGCUGCUUCCCAUUCUUAGUAAGCGGCUGGAUACUAAAUUAAGGGUGGAUUGGGAAAUGACCUUGGGGCAGGAGUUUCCAACUUUAGAUGGGUUUAUAACUUUUCUUGAAAAACAUUGCAAUGCGCAAGAGGCAGUUACUUACUCGCAUUCCAAGGCUGUUGCACAGGGCUCUAAGCAAAGGAGUUUUGCACCCACAAGAAACAUACCAUUUUCCAAGGUCCAUCUCAGCGCUGUUCAAGUUUGUUGUAUCUGUAGUGCCACCCACCCCUUGUUCAAGUGCCCCGAAUUCCUUACAUAUAACCCUCAUGAUCGCUAUAGUGUUGUAAAGAAAAACAAUCUAUGUUUGAAUUGUCUCGGUGGGUCACACCGCUCUAAAAACUGCUCCUUGACAGCAGCUUGCAAACAUUGCGGUAGCAAGCAUAACUCGUUGUUGCACUUUGAAAGGGUUUCUCAUCAGGAAUCAGGUUCAGGUGAGGAUGGCGAGACAGCCCGAACUGCAGAAACCACUGUCUCGUCCAUGUCGUCACGUGUGGUGAAUCCCCCCUGUGCAAAUCACACCAUCUUGCUGUCAACUGCUCAAGUCGCUGUGUUCGACUCGAAUGGCGGAUCUGUUACUGUACGUGCACUAUUGGAUACGGCCAGCCAGGCGAGCUUCAUCACUGAACGUUUAAUGCAGAAAAUGCACUUGAAACGUGAAAGAAUUCAUCUUCCUGUUCAGGGCUUGUCUAAUACGCCUGUCAAUGUGGCCAGAGCUCGUACAUCUGUUAUUAUUGGGCCCGUUGGCAACGCCAGUCUUCAAUUUUCAGUAGAUGCCUUUGUGUUACCAAAUACAGUAAAACCUCCAUUAACGAAUAUUCUAUUUAACGAAAAACCCCAUACAACGAAAUAAAAUUUUGGUCCCGCCGAACCGCCAUAAGAUCAAUGCUGUUUUAACCUCUAAAUACCGAAUUUUAUUUGUUCCGAAAUAGUGAAAUUCCCUUUACAACGAACUGCCGCUAUUGAAAAACACGCAAAAAUAAACAUCUCCUACAAGACAUCCACUAAUUUUUUUGCAUUCACUGCUUAAAAAUACGUGCGUAUAACCUUAAAAUAAUAAGCAACAUAGCGGAAGGCAAUAAAUAAACAAAGCAUCAUGGAUAACACACGUCGUGUAUACAUGCCACACUUUGUUCAAAAUGGCGGGUACAUUUAGCGCUAGUGGCGGAAACCUCUCGUACCAUCUCUCUGGCAAGACGAACAACUAGUGUAUUUUGCGUUUCUAUGGUUAAAGAUGCACACACGCAAAUAUUUUUAACUAUGGUGUAGUACAAUUUCCGUUUUUUCAGUUUUCACUGUUGUUUAUUUAUUUCCACACGUAGUUACGGAAAUCAACACGUUACUACUGUAAAAUGAAUUCUAAUCCUAAAAAGCGGCGACAGAUUAACGUUAAAAUAAAAUUAGAAAUUUUAAACGCAGUUGAUGAAAGUGGAAAAAAAAAUUGAUAUAGCUAAACGUUUCGACAUCCCGGCGUCUACACUUUCGACCAUAUUAUCCAACCGGGAACAGAUCGAAAACAACGCUUCUCUGGUAGGGACAAAUCGAAAACGUGUGAAAGUAUGUAAAAAUGAUGAUUUGGACAAGAUACUUUUUGACUUGUUAAUGGAGGCUAGGGCAUCAAACAUCAACAAAGACAUGCCAGGAAGCACUGGGGAUGGGAAUUGAUAAUUUCCAAGCAUCAAAUGGUUGGCCAUUAAACAAGUGUAUUCUAUGUACUUUUACAUGUUUAAUUCCUCAUUAUCGUAUUAAACAGUCAGAAAGACAGUUCUAGCCAUUUAUGUGAAGCUUUAUGGUGACUAGAAAUAUAUUGUGCGAAACCUCCAUUUAACAAACCCCUUUACAACAAACACUACAAAUUUUGGUCCCUUGAGAUUUGUUAAAUAGAGGUUUCACUGUAUCACCAGUGACCUGCCAAAUGUGAAAGUGUCUAGUGAAGUGCGUAAGGGUGUAUCCCAUUUAAGACUGGCAGAUCCAUCCUUUGAUAUUCCGGGCCCUAUCGACUUGCUUAUUGGAGAAGAUUUGUUUCCCGAGUUGAUGACAGGAGGCAGGUUGGAUGGCCCGCCAGUGGCCUUGGACUCCGUAUUUGGUUGGGUGUUGAUGGGAAAGGUGAAAGCGGCACCGGUACCUUCUUAUUCAAAAUCAUUUUGCAUCUCACUUUUUACCUCGACACCGCCGUUGGAUGUUGUCAUGAGGAAGUUUUGGGAAGUCGAGGAUUUUCCGCUGACGAAGUAUCCUGCACCUGAGGAUGAUCUUUGUGAGAACCUGUUUGUUAAAACACACACGCGGCAAGAAGAUGGCCGUUACAGUGUGUGCUUGCCAUUUCGUAAGUAUCCUCCUGAAUUCGGAGAUACUAGAGCCCAAGCCAUUCAUCGUUUAUUUGGGUUGGAAAGACGUUUAAGAGGAAAUCCAACUCUCAGGAUCAUGUAUUCCGAAUUCAUGCAAGAUUAUCUCGAUUCGGGCCACAUGGAGAAAGUCCCCCCUGAUCAGGUGUUCUCGCCACAAUCAUAUUAUCUUCCACACCAUUGUGUCAUUAAGCCAGAUAGUUCCACCACCAAAUUGCAUGUCGUGUUUGAUGCUUCUGCUAAGGACUCUAAUGGUGUAUCAUUGAAUGAUAACUUGUUGACGGGAUCCAAGCUACAGCAAGAGAUAGGGGAUUUAUUGUUAAAUUUCCGUUCGCAUUAAGUCGUUUUCACUGGCGAUAUAAAACAAAUGUAUCGCCAGAUUGCUGUUCACCCAGACCACCACAACUACCAACGCAUUGUAUGGCGAUGCAGUGACACAGAACCGGUAGAAGAUUACCGUCUCAAAACGGUUACUUAUGGGGUAUCAUCGGCUCCAUACCUGGCACUUCGUACAUUGCAGCAGUUGGCUAAGGAUGAAGAGACAACAUUCCCAGUAGCGUCCAAGGUAUUGCUGUCAGACUUGUAUGUUGAUGAUGUUGUGACAGGAACAGACUCGGUUGAUUCUGCGUUAGCCAUGCAAAGGGAGCUAAUUAUGUGUCUUAACAAAGGCGGUUUCAAACUGCGGAAGUUCACCAGUAACCACAGCGCACUUCUGGAUUGGCUCCCAGUGGAGGAAGUGGAGAGUCCCCAGUCAUUUCUAUUGGAUUGCGGCAGCCAGAAUGUGGUUAAGGUGCUGGAAUUGCAGUGGAACCCAGUCUCAGAUUCCUUUACUUACACGGUGCAUAUUGGUUCACAUCAAAUCACCAAACGAACCGUACUGUCAACAAUUGCCAGGAUUUUUGACCCGUUAGGAUGGCUCAGUCCACUCCUAAUGUUUGCAAAGCAUUUCAUGCAAAUCCUUUGGAUGAAGACAUUGGACUGGGACGCGAGUCUCCCUGCUGAUCUGGCAGAGCGUUGGAGUUGCUUCAGUCGAGACCUCCCUCGGUUGUCCUCUAUUGUUAUUCCUAGGUGUAUUAAGAGGCCUAUACAGACAGUGUUCAGGGCAUGAUUGUAGGGCCUUUUGUUAAGAAGAAUCUGCAGCUUUCCAUUACAGAUAAAAUUGUCAUGUUUUUUGUAUGUAUAGGGAAAGGAUGAAUGGGUCGAUCUAUAAUUUUUAUAAUGCUUUUUAAAAUUCGUAACAUAGGUAAAAAUAUUUCCGAAUGUGUGGUUUUACGCAGCUGUUUUAUGUAUUGUGUGUAAUGCACACAAAAAAAGUAGACACACACACCGAUAGAGUAUUAAUCGUUGAUUAAAAUGGUGUAAAAACAUACAUAGGUCACCGCUGAAAAACGCCCAGAAUUCUUCUACGACGAAAUGCAUUUCGGCACAUUUAUUCUGCCGGGAAGUGUCUCCCUCGCGCGGCGUAUUCUUAAGCCGGCGACUGGAGCCGAGGAGUGGGGCUAGCGGCUGCUGUGAAGGCAGCGGAGGGGAAGUUCGUCUGACGGCUGCUCGGUCGCCUUAUCAGCGCGUCGGGGUAUCGGAUAUCGCGAUAAGCACAUGUGUUCGCAGGAAAUCCUUAUAUUUCUCCAACAAGAAAGAAAAAUAAAGCUACUGAUCUCAAAGCAUACUGGAGUCAAAGGUCAGUUUGUUUUGUAAUAUGUCAUACAAAAUACAUAUGGCGUUCAUUAGCCUGCGUAGUCGAAACUUACCUUGUGAUCUCUCACCUCCAACACCUUCCCGACCAUAAUAUUGAGUUAUCUUAGAUGAACAAUCGCAUAUUGAAAAGUUUAUUUAAAAUAUAUAGGUUAAAUAUGUAAGUUUAUGAUAUGUAAUGCAUCCAUAAGUUAUAAGUUUUGACAGGCUGAGCUCCCUGUUGGGAAGGGGGAGGGGGAGGGGGGAAACAAACUCUGGCUCCUCACUGUCGAAGCAUAUAAUAUGUGUGUAUUAACGUUGUAGUAUUAACCUUUAAAAUGUGUAUAACAUAUGUGUACAUUUUUUUAUUUGGCACUGAAUUAUCAAUUUAUUCACAGGAAAAAACUAUACCUAAACAAAACAAUGUCAAUGAAGAAUUGGAAAACCAGAGCCUAUCAAGAUCACUGCAGACAUCAAGCACUGAUUGAAAACGAAAUAACAUCCGGAGUGCAUGAAGUAGUGUACUAUGAAGAAAGCUAUCCGGCAAAUUGAGUAACUGUUUACAUAUUAUUUAAAACAAAUCUAAGUUAUUAAUUUAGAGAAAGUAAGAUCGGCAACACAACCAGUUCUAUUAAUUUAACAAAUAUGGUUUGGCCAAAAUAUACAUAAGAUUUUUGGUCUGUUCAGUGUAAGGUCAUUUAUUGCACAAAAAAUAAAGAAGUCUAGGUAUUAAAAAAGGAUAAAUUUUAUGCAUUGCAGGAAAAAAUUUAAAUUUUAUAGCUGCAGUUAUCAAGUUCCGGAAGGUAGAGACUCACGAUGUCACCUUGGCAGCCAGGGAGUAAAAACGGCACAAGAAAUUUCUUCAAGAGAAAAUGACACAUCAGAUGAAGAGAAUAACUACUCUGUAGCCAAUGUCCUGCACAAUGAAGAUGGGCAGUGUAUCUCUACAGCCAUGUCUUACAUAGAAAUGCAACCGCCUCUGAAACUAUUUGAGAUGGAAGCAGGAUGUUCUUUCUGGUCAACCACCGAAGGAGCCAUUGACAUUCCAUACGAGCUGGUGGACAGGAAUGAGCCAACUGUAGACAGUAGAUGUAUCAACAAUUCAGUGACAAGCAAUCAGGUUAGCUGAAUGACAAUGAUAUUGCUUUUAAAUAUAUUGACCUGUUAAAAAAAUUACAGUUAAAUUAUAACUUAACUUUACGAAUAUACUUCAAUUGAAAAAUUACACAACUACUCAAACUACAUAAAUGUUUUUUAAUCAGAAAUUUCACUAAAAACAGGGCUAAAAAAUGAAGACAGUAAAAAAUCUUAACCCCAUUUAGUGACAAUAGACAACAUCUUUUAUUGACCUUACUUAAAAGUGAUAUACCAUCCCCAGUUAAAACAUAAACAGCAUUGACUUAAGCACUAAAAAUAUUUAUAUUGUAGCAAGACUUUUCAAAUUAUGCAUCAUACAUUGGACAAAAAACUAUUAAAAAUACUACAGCUACUAUAAGUACUUUUACUGCUAUCAAUACUCCUGUUUUAUUCGUAACUUGAGAAACAAUAAUAUAUACCUACAUAUUUUAUGGACAUAGAAAUAUAACAUGAUUUUAGGUACAUUAAUAGAUAUAAGUUAUUCAAAAAUAAUGUAUUUAUGGAUUGUUUCAGCCGAACAGUUUAUUCAUUAUUCCAAGAAAAUAUAAACAUUUGGAUGAAUAUAUUGAACAUGUAAAGGAAGACAACGGUUUGGUACUCCAAAAGCAGCAAACAUCCACAUCCUCACCAACUAGCUGUUCUCAGGGCGAAAGAGUGUUUUCAAAUGAAGAAGAGAAAACUGAAGAAGUGUUAUACGGUGUCUGAUUUGUAGAUAUGUCGUACUUACAAAUACUCACGGAAGCAAGUCAGCAUAAUGAAUCGUUUGGGUGUACUCUUGCAAAUAUGUGUGUAAUAAAAAAAAUUCGAAAGAAUUUUUUUAUCUAUUAUUGUAUUUUUUUGUAUUAUGUACAACAUGACUCUGUGUUCCUACGCAUAAUAUGGAAGAUAAUUCAGUUAUGGAUAUGAAUUCAAGGGCUGUUGGUGGAGUUAUGGGCAUUGGGGCAAGGUAUUCUCAAUUACAAGAAUUAUGUGCAGCAAAAGGCGUGCCUUGCAUGGCACCAGCAACUUAUUCCAAACAUCACGAUGUUAGCUGUAAUGGCCGGGGAAAAGCAGCUUCAGAAAAAAUGGAAGAGGCUGCACGCGAAGAAGCUGAAUUAGCGAGAGCCAAUGAUGAAGUUGACGAGCAUAACAUUCCCCUCAUUACUAUUGUUGUCGAUGGCUGUUGGUGCAAACGCUCCUACAAAUGUAAAUAUGAUGCACUUUCUGGAGUUGCAAACAAAAAGAAAGUUUUGUUCAAGGCAGUUGCAAACAAAUAGUGCUAUGUUUGCGCUCGAGAGAAAAAUAACGAAUCUAUCCCUUCACACGAUUGCUAUAAAAACCACGAAGGUAGCUCAAGUAACAUGGAAGCCAAAAUAAUAGUAGAAGGAUUCAAAAAGAGUUUAACUACAACAUAAAGUAUGCCAAAAUUAUAGCCGAUGGUGACAGCAGUGUAUACAAGAAAAUUCUGGAAGCUAGGCCAUAUAACACUCUUACUGUUGAGAAGAUAGAAUGCAGGAAUCAUCUGCUCCGCAAUUACAGGAAGAAAAUUAUUUCUGCGAGUGAAAAUGCUAAUCUUGGGACUACCAUUCUGAGGAAAAUAGUUUAUAUAAAAAUGAGUAAACUAUCCAUUGGAUUGCAAAAAGCAAUCGCUUACAGAAAGUCACAGGGCACCGAUCAAGUUAAAGUUUCACAGUUGAAAUGCGAUAUUGAAAAUGGUCCGAGCCACGUUUUUGGUGAGCACAAAAAUUGCAGUACUUUAGGUUACUUCUGCGAUGGUCGAAAAGACGGCGAGUCAAACAUUGUCCCAGAGUUAGAAAAAAUUCUUUGUGGUCUCAUAUUUAUAAAGAAUGUCAGUAUUUAGCUGCUCAUUCUUGAAGCCUCAUACAUGAUGUAGAUAGCAACAAAGUCGAACAAUUCAAUUCAAUAAUUGCGAAAUUUUCCGGAGGAAAAAGAGUGCCACGAAACGAUCUUAUCAAGGGAGAUGUGCUGAUGCUGUAAUAGCACACAAUACAAAAACACCACAAUAUGUGUUACAAAAAAGCAUGUUCAAGGGUAUAAGUCCGAAUAAAAUUUCAAAAAGAUUAGAAUUCAGAAGGCGGGAACUUCGAAGACGGGAAUUAAAAAAAAAACCCACAAAUUAUCAUCAACAAAAACAGCCAAAAAAAUCUCUCACCAAAACCUAUGGAGAAAAGGACUAUGGUCCUCAAUGUCAACAGCCUGACAUGGAUCCAGAAACAUUUGAGGAACAGAAACAUGCUUUCCUCAGUAGGUUACAACUAACACAAUAGGACCAUCAACAGUUAGAGACAGACACAAUUCUCCAGGCAGGAAGCGGAAAAUGGCUUUAAACACGUAGAAAAAUUCUAACGGCUUCUAAUUUCGGGAACGUCUGUCGUAGACGUGCAUCAACAAGCUGCGUGAACUUAGUUCGCAGUAUUGUUUAUACCUCCGAUAUUUUGAAUGUGCCUGCAAUUUACCAUGGUAAAAAUUUUGAGGUGAUAGCUAUAGAACAACUAGAAAAACAAGAAGGAAUUAAGGUUGGAAAAAGUGAACUCUUCAUUGACAAGGAAUUGCCUUUCUUGGGUGCCACUCCGGAUGGUGUUAUUGGAGAAAAGGGUCUUGCAGAAGUCAAGUGUCCAUAAUCUGCAAUUGGAAAAGAUGUUACUGCAGCAGUUAAACAAGGGAACAUCCGAUAUCUGAGUUUCGAAGGAGAUGAACUGAAACUGGGAAAGAAAAAAAAAAUCAUAUUUUUAUCAAGUUCAGGCACAGCUUCGCAUUUCAGAGAGGGAAUAUUGCAUUUUUGGUGUUUGGACAUCAGUGGAAAAAGAGAUGGCAAUAUUUCGAAUUGAAAGGGAUGACAAUUGUUGGAAACAAGAGAUGGAACCACAUCUUACAAAAUUCUAUUAUAACUGCAUUUUGCCAGAACUGGUGGACCCUAGGCAUACGAGGAGCAUGGAAAUUCGAGACCCUCCAUACAUUAUUGAUGCUAUUGAAAAAAGAGUAAGAAAAAAAUUUGCUGCUGUCAAGACUUGUUCAGCUGCUCAUUAAUUACCUAUGUAGCGUAGCUUCUUAAAAAAUGGGGGAAUAUAAUAUGUAUAUUUUCUUAAAGUAUUUAUUGCGAUAUAACAUUAUUAUAUAAUAAAAUAUAAACUCAGUGCGCUGUUAAAUUAUGCUUGUAAAAGCAGACCAUCUAAAUGUACUCAACUGCGUAUCCAUAAACUCAUAUGUUUUUUGUCUUUGUGGUGUGUAAAUGUGUUCAAAUUCAAUUAUAUUUCAUUAAAGAAGAUGUAUUUGUACAACUUCAUACAUUAACUUUUUUUUCUUCAGAAAAGCCAAAAAUAAUUUGUACAGAUAAAUCUAUGAUUGUUAUUUUCUGAACAGUUAUUGGGUGGACAUGCAUACAAAUAUUUUAAAUAGCAAAUUGUAAACAAUCUAAACAUGUACAAAAUAUAAGGUAGAAAAAAUAACAUGAUUCUGUGCCGUAUUGAAAAUGCAUUUUGGCACAUAUUAUCCUUACCAUACUUUUUUUAAAAUCACUAAUUAUUGAUAUUGACAAUGGUGCAAAGAUUCUAUUUCUAACGGAAUAAAGAGUUACAAAUACAUGAUAUGACAUGCUGAGUAAUCGCGUCAUUAUUACAAAAAAAAACUGUUUGUGUACGUUUGGAAUAAAAACUGUGAACACUAGUCACUCACCGUAAACGCCACACAUCUUCCUGUAUACUCAUUUCAUGUUAAAGAAUGGGGAAAGUCCGGGUGAACAAAAUUACGAUUUUUGCCUCAUAACGUUACCACGUUUCGGAUGACUUAGACAACUAGUUCCGUAAUUUUGCAAACUUCAAAUACAAUUUGCAGCAACAAAUAGUACCUGUGACUAUGUUAUAUGACUUCGUUGAGCUAAGAGAUGCAUUUCAACCUGUUGUUAAAACUAACAUAUUUUUAUGUACGAAUGUUUGUUGACUCAUUGUUGCAUCAGUGCAUGCUUAGAUUCGUUUGUAUUCGUAUGAUAAAUUGUAGUUUAGUACGUACAUUUAAAUCUAAUACGUAUUUUAUGAUGAAAGAAAUUGUAAAAAAAAAUAUACCGGAAGGGUGAAAAAUCAUGUAAACUAUUUAUGAGUUAUUUCUGAAACCCAGCAAUAAUAUAACUAUUUUCGUACAUAGUAUAAAAUUGAAAAUUUGAAAAAUAUUAUUCUUUAUUUGAUGGUAAUCUCAUUACUUUGUUGCUGGUGGAAACGUAAUAGCACAAAACUUGAAGGGUAACCAGACCCAAGUGUAUAACUGAAUUAUUAUAUAACUCAAUAAGUCACAACUUAAUUAUUUAAGUAAAUCAUUGCUUGCCAAUAAUUGGCACAAAUCAAUUUUAAUUUCUUAGUCAGCAAGGUUUAAAACUACAAACGAAAAAUCUCCCAGCAAGGAAGUGUGCAUGUGUCCGCGUAUGCGUACCUGUGUUGUUUAUGCGUAGGUAUGCGCACUUGCUAUGCUAUGCAUGCAUUAUUUUUGACUAGGUAACAUGUAGGCCUACAUAUUUUCAACUAUGAUAUUAAAAUAUGUAAUAUUUUUGGUUAAGUAUAACGGAAAAUGCAUUUGAUUCUUUAUAUGGAUGAGUUGCGUAGUUUUGACAGCUCCAUAGAAUUUGCAAUGAAAGUUCGGCGCAGCUCCGAAAGCAUGGAAAAUGAGAGAUCUCUGAGAAGAAAUACUCCAGCCAAUAGUCUUGUCUAGUGUAAAUAACCUGGCCGGGGGAGAGAAUUGGGAGGUUGGUGGGCAAUGCGCUCAACACAACGCCAAGUGCGGCCUUUAUCCACUGACGUAUAGUAAAUAACUGCGCCUCGAGUAACGCGACACCGCGACAACACGAGACUCGAGGACAGAGCGAUAGCGGGUACGGAACACCGCGAUCUUUCCUAAAAGACACUGUAAGCUGGAAUGCCGGCGGGGUGGAAAGUGUUUUCCCCACUCCGCCUCCCAGUCGAAGUGACGCGCCGCCAAGAUAACCAAUCCACGUCUCCUCCUUCCAGCUUUGUCCCGCCCACCUUGCACGAUGUCGUAAGCGCAGAACCCGCUGGCGGAGUUGCGCCCUGUCUGUAUAGGCCUCUUAAGGGUCAAAGGUAUGAUAUCCAUGGAUUUUCAGAUAGCUCUGAGAAGGGCUUCGCUGCAGUGGUAUACCUGCGUGCCCAAGGUCCUGACGGUGAGGUCAGUAUUCAUUUGUUGAUGGGUAAAGGUAAGGUAGCACCACUCAAGGUACAAUCGCUGCUUCGUUUGGUUCAGCAUGAUGGCGGUACGUCGCAAUGGUGCGGGCGAUUGCUAUCGUGUAAUUUAUGUUGCAUCGUCGAUUAAAAACUUUUCGAUACAGUCCACAUAUAUUUAUCAACAUUAACACUAUGUUUCAAUUUGUGGGAUGUAAAUAUGAAUAACUAGGGUUAAAUAUUUAAAUAUGAGCCAUCAUGCAAUAAAUUUUUUGCUGUAAAAUACUUUUUUUUUCACCUACCAAAAAUCCUUUUAAUAAAGCAUUAUACUAAGGUACUUACUUAAUGAUUACAAAAAUUGAAUUUCUGGAGUCUUUUACUGUAUUUAUUUAUGAAAAGUAUUCAAUUGGUUUUGUUUUGGUUAUGGGAAUUGUUAAAAAAUUAUAUCAAUGAUUGGAUUGGUAUCGGUUUUUAUCUAUAACACUCAUCAGUACUUAAGGGUGCAUGGUUAGAGCUGACCGACUUUUCAGUUGCCCUGCUCUGCCUCUACUAACGGUGGUCUGGUGUGCAAUCUUAUCGUUGAGUUCAAAGCUAUAACACCACAAAACCAGUAUUCCUACAUAAAUUGUUUAUUAACACAAACAAACACCACACAUUUAUAUUUGUAUAGGUUGUGGAUUCUGAAGUUCUGCAGACAUUUGACGGCUUACAGCUUUAGGCAGACAACACUUUCACUUUAACAAAUUAAAUACAUAUAUUAACUUUGUUUAAUGUAACUUGUAUCAAAUUUGACAGUUCUCAAGAAGAAUAGUACCACCGGAGCCUUUUCCCAACUUCCCUUUGCAAAGCAUCAUAUGAUAUUUUUUUGUUACAAACUUUGAUAACCACAUGAAAUUGUUUCCAAAAACUGUUGACAGAGCAACAGUGGCAGAAGAAUACACAGACAGUUGGAACUACUUUUAAGAACCGUCAAAUUUGAGACAUGUUUCAUGAUGCAGACUAUAGCAGGUAUUACAAUUGUACAAUUUAAUAAUUUACAGCCUAACAUGUGGACUGGCUAAUUUUGUCGGCAUGUUU